AUGGCGGCGACUUUCUCAAGUAUUCACAUUCUCUUCUUCAUCGUCAUCACAAACGGCAUUGCUGUUUCCGCCACCGUCUUCACCCUACAAAACAGUUGUCCUUACACCGUCUGGCCUGGAAUCCUCUCCGGCAACAGCAACACCCUCGGAGACGGCGGUUUUCCCUUAACCCCCGGCGCCUCUCAACAGCUAACCGCUCCUCCAGGAUGGUCAGGCCGGUUCUGGCCUCGUACCGGCUGCAACUUCGACUCCACCGGCCACGGUAACUGCGUCACCGGAGACUGCGGCGGCGUUCUAAAAUGCAUCGGCGGCGGAGUUCCUCCAACCACUCUAGCCGAGUUCACAGUCGGAUCAGGCGUCUCCGGAAAAGACUUCUACGACGUGAGUCUCGUCGACGGUUACAACGUCGAGAUGGGGAUCAAACCACAAGGAGGCUCCGGUGACUGUAAAUACGCGGGCUGCGUCGCCGACGUCAACAAUGUUUGUCCUAACGAGCUUCGGGUCAUGGAUCCACGUACGGGAAUCAUCGCGGCGUGUAAGAGUGCCUGCGCGGCGUUUAAUUCGCCGGAGUUCUGUUGUACAGGUGCUCACGCGACGCCGGGAACUUGUUCUCCGACGCAUUACUCGGUUAUGUUUAAGAACGCUUGUCCUAGCGCUUACAGUUACGCUUAUGAUGACGCGACGAGUACUUUCACUUGUUCCGGGGCUAACUACUUGAUCACUUUCUGUCCCACCCGAUCUUAA